AUGGUGGAAUCUCCUACGGCCGGUCGAGCGAUUCUUCGGAAGCCGAAAAAGAUCAUCUGCGCUCUUGAUGGUAAUGACUCUGGUUGGGUUAAAGGCCGAUGGGGUCAGCCGGGGCAUCUACAGAACCCAUCUAAUGUGACCAGAAUCUCGAGAGCAAUCAAACCUGAAGAUAGCGAACAUCAUGCCCAGAUAGUCUAUUAUCAGGCUGGUAUAGGGACUGGACUCGGAAUCAAGGAUCAACUACUAGGAGGUGGCACUGGGCUCGGGCUCUCAGAACACAUCCGUGAGGCUUAUUACUUCCUUGCCAAUAAUUACUCCCCUGGCGACUCGAUCUUUCUUGUUGGUUUCUCCCGUGGAUCGUUCACAGCGAGAAGUCUUGGGGGCUUGAUCGGAAACCUUGGACUACUCAAUAAGAGAGGACUGCCCCACUUCUAUGAAGUGUUCCUUGAUUGGACCGACGCUGGCAACCCAGAAUCGCCAGGCCCUUCCUUUUGGGAACAUUAUCGUGAUCCCCUGGAGCCGGAAAAGAGGCACAUCCCUCAAACCCCAUCGAACGACCCAACAAAAGUCUACGAGUAUCUGGAUGAAUAUCGUGCCAUGCUUCGAAGCUUUGGACUGACACAUAUCGUUCCGAUCCGAGAAAACGAGCAACGCGAUGUACCUAUCAGAGCAAUAGGAUGCUGGGAUACUGUUGGUGCCCUCGGUAUCCCGAUUAAUCCUGUUCUCCAGAAGCACCUAGGACUACCUUCGUUUUUGCACGAGUACAAGUGGCUGGAUACAAGACUCUCUGACAAUAUAGAGAACGCGUUCCAGGCUUUAGCUCUCGAUGAACAUCGGGCACCGUUUUCGCCAGCCGUGUGGGAAAAGCCCACGGGAAAUCAUACAUUCUUGAGGCAAACCUGGUUCCCCGGAGCGCAUUCAAAUGUGGGCGGUUCAUAUGAUGACACCUCUACAGCGGAUAUAUCACUUGCAUGGAUGAUGGAUCAACUCUCUGGAGAAAGCGCAAAACAUGCAAACAACAUGACGCUGGACAAGAAGGACUGGAUUGAGUUCUACGAUGACUACCUCGAUACGCAACAAGAGCUAAACAGGGUUUGGUACCAAGGCCAUCCGCCCGCACGAGGGUGGUCGUUGGGCACGAUUUACAACUCUUUCACCUUUCCACAAAGUCUAGCCGGUCGAGUCGUGCGCACACCUGGCCGUUACAGGGUGACCAAUUCUUUGACAUGUGCUCAGAAGAAUGACUGUGUGCUUAUGAAAGAUACGCAUGAGUUCAUCCAUGCUUCUGUGAGGGCACGUAUGGAUCUUGGAGGCACAGCAUCAGAGCCAGAACCGAGCAAUUGGACACGCUUCGUGCAGUGGUUACGUAAGUUACUCGGCCGAGACGGCAGACUUCUAUACAGGCCCGAGUCACUGCAAUACUGGAAACUCCAUGAUGGACACAAGCAUCACAAUGAGUUUUCCAUCAACUCCAGGCUUACAACAGGAGGCGCAGACGAAUCAGUUCGAGCUCCCUGGUGGGAGUGGAUUGGCAAGGAUGCACUCUUACCGUCAGGACGAGUGCUGAACGAGGAUAGGCUGGGAAGGUUCGAAUUGCAGUUGCUUAGACAUCACGAGGAUGUGGCUGCUGAGAUUGAGGCCAGCAACAAGGGGCUGGCAAGUGUCGAAGAGCUGAGAAGGGUGCAGGAGCGAGUAGCUCGAAGAUCGGUGACGGUAUAG